UGCGAGCGCGAGCGCGAGGGAGAGGGGGGCGAGCGGCGGCGGCGGCGGCGGCGGGGAGGGCGGCGGGAGCGCACAGACACGCACACGCACACGCGCACACACGGACACACACUCCGGGGACGCACACCCGCGCGCACACACGCAGAGGCAGCUCGCCUUCCUGCCUGGCUUCCUUCCUGUCUGCUCGGCGCCUGACAGGCCCCUUGCUGCAGCCAGGGGCCGCCCGCACCGGGCCGAGGCCGGGCCGGGCCGGCGGCGAGGGCAGCGGGGGCCGCAGGCGGCGGCAGCGGCUCAUGCCCGGCCUGUCCCCGCGAGGGGCGGGCACCGUGACUCGGCUGGGCCCCCAGCGGCGGGCGAUGUGAAGAUGUCAGUGGGCUGUGCCUGUCCUGGUUGUUCCUCAAAGUCAUUCAAGCUGUACUCGCCGAAGGAGCCCCCGAACGGCAACGCCUUCCCCCCCUUCCAUCCCGGCACCAUGCUGGAUCGGGAUGUGGGCCCAACUCCCAUGUACCCGCCUACAUACCUGGAGCCUGGGAUUGGGAGGCACACACCAUAUGGCAACCAAACUGACUACAGAAUAUUUGAGCUUAACAAACGGCUCCAGAACUGGACGGAGGAGUGUGACAAUCUCUGGUGGGAUGCUUUCACAACUGAGUUCUUUGAGGAUGAUGCUAUGUUGACCAUCACUUUCUGCCUGGAGGAUGGACCAAAGAGAUAUACCAUUGGCCGGACCCUGAUCCCACGCUACUUCCGCAGCAUCUUUGAGGGGGGUGCUACAGAGCUGUACUAUGUGCUUAAGCACCCCAAGGAGGCAUUCCACAGCAACUUUGUGUCCCUCGACUGUGACCAGGGCAGCAUGGUGACCCAGCAUGGCAAGCCCAUGUUCACCCAGGUGUGUGUGGAGGGCCGCUUGUACCUGGAGUUCAUGUUUGACGACAUGAUGCGGAUAAAGACAUGGCACUUCAGCAUCCGGCAGCACCGAGAGCUCAUCCCCCGCAGCAUCCUUGCCAUGCAUGCCCAGGACCCCCAGAUGUUGGAUCAGCUCUCUAAAAACAUCACCCGAUGUGGGCUGUCCAAUUCCACUCUCAACUACCUCCGACUCUGUGUGAUACUUGAGCCCAUGCAGGAGCUCAUGUCCCGCCACAAGACCUACAGCCUCAGCCCCCGCGACUGCCUCAAGACCUGCCUUUUCCAGAAGUGGCAGCGCAUGGUAGCACCCCCCGCGGAGCCUGCACGGCAGCAGCCUAGCAAACGGCGGAAACGGAAGAUGUCAGGGGGCAGCACCAUGAGCUCCGGGGGCGGCAAUACCAACAAUAGCAACAGCAAGAAGAAGAGCCCAGCCAGCACCUUCGCCCUCUCCAGCCAGGUACCUGAUGUGAUGGUGGUGGGGGAGCCCACCCUGAUGGGCGGGGAGUUCGGGGACGAGGACGAGAGGCUCAUCACCCGGCUGGAGAACACCCAGUUUGACGCGGCCAACGGCAUUGACGACGAGGACAGCUUUAACAACUCCCCUGCACUGGGCGCCAACAGCCCCUGGAACAGCAAGCCUCCAUCCAGCCAAGAAAGCAAAUCGGAGAACCCCACGUCACAGGCCUCCCAGUAAAGGCUCUGCCAUGGCCACCCAGCACUCUGCUGCCCCACCCCUUGCAGCCCCAGGGAGCAGAAGAUAGAGUGCAGAGACUGAGCAUCUAAAAUGGGCAGCCUCCAUCCACCCACUUCAGGGAGGAACUGGACUCGCUGGGGGCAGGUGCCAAGAUUUGCCCCUCAGUGGCCCAGGGCUGGGCCUGGCCCCUGCAGAGCCUUUCGGGGGAAGGGGGUACUCAUGUGGAUGCCUACAUGGACCCUGGGUCUCUGAGAAAUGUCCUGACCUCCCCCCAGGGCAUUUGCCUCCAUCCUCACCCCAGAUUCUGGGUUCCCCAUCCUCCUGACUUUACCCCUUUCAAGCUUGGGGUUGUCUGUACCCACAGCCCUUAGGGACUUAAAGUUAUGGGGCUUGGUCAAAUGCCUCUCUCCCUAGGCGACUGGUAGUAGAGGGGUAAAGUUCUGGGCUCCUUCUCCCUUCUGCUACUUAUCGUGGCUCCAAGUUUUUUAAAAAAUAAUAUUAUUAAAAAUGUAAGUUUAAAAAAAAAAGUCACUCAUGUCCCCCCUCUUCCCUCUAUUAAAAGUCCAGCUACCUCCCUACUCCUGGCAGAUGGAGGGGCCCGGGCCCAGGUGGGAGUGAGAGUGGGGGCAAGGGGAUAUGCAUACCAUUUUAUACAGUUUGAGAGCUUCAGACCAAGGAGACACUUUGCUAUCUCUCUUCCCCUUUCCUCUGGGUGACUAGAGUUGGGGAAGACAUGCCGUGGGGUAGGGGGGCCACGAUGGCCACAUCUUUGUGACAGCCCCCUACUGCUGUCUCUGUCUGCCCAUCCUCUGGACUCCUGGCCUGCCCUCCUAGUGCUUGUGACUCCCUCUGUCCCAGCCCUGCCCCCACCCAUGGUGUGUAUAUUCCUUACAAGUCCUCCACUAGAGCAGCUGUCUUGGAUGGGGGGAGGGCGAGGCUUCCUCCUAUAGGGAGCGUGGAGGGAAGGGAGCAGCCUUGUUUGUCGCUGUAUUUUUUUGUUUUGUCUCAGUUGGGCAGGCAUGGGAUGGGAGAGGGGCUCAUCCACUCUCUUCCAGAAUACUCUUCCCCCAACCCCUCAAGCUUCAUAUUUAGUCCUACCCUGCCCUCUAGAGAGGGGAAGGAGCCACUGAGGGUGUCUCAGCUCUAAACCCACCAGGGAGAAAUAGGCCUCUGUUCCCCCAGCUGAGGUAGAGCAUCUUCAUCUCCCAGUAUCCCCUCCCUCUCCUUCCUUGUAGAAGGGAGGAGGAGGCGGCAGCCAGGAUCCUCAGCUCUUCUUCACAGUUGGACAUGUGGAGGCUUAGGGCCAGGGUGCUGCCAGGAGCAGGGUCCCAUGAGGCUAGGCCCAGCUCUGUGGCUUUGCUGCCUUUUCCUGGGGCCAGUCCCAGGAACUGUUAGUACCACCUCUCUCCCAACUCUUCCCCUUGGAUUCUGGGGUCCCCUACACCCUGUUUCUUCCACUCCAGCUGCCACACUUUUGGAAGGGUAUUGUGUCAGGAGCUGAGGGGAAGGGGUGAGGAGGGUGGAUGACCCACCCCAACCAACUGUAAUGCCUUUUUUUUUUUUUUUUUUUUUUUGGCCAUUUGAGUCAUGUAUGGUACCGAUCAAUAAAGAGACUUUUUGGUUUGA